AUGAACAGUAAUUAUCCCAGGUCUCUGAUGGACAGGAGAUCAGUAACUGCCCCUAACUGCAUGCAAUUAGCAGUGCCUCUACCCCCGGAACCAUCCACACACCAACAUUUACCCCGUGGAGACAGUUUAACACAUUUGCCCUUCCUGGUGUAUCCAACUAACUUGGAGUCAGCCUAUUGUGAGACUUAUAGCGGCAUGUUUCCUUACAUGCCCUUCCACGGGCACUUCGGGGUCUAUGACUGUCCCUUUGAGCCUGCCUUCAUCCAGAAGAGAAACGAGAGGGAGAGGCAGAGGGUGAAGUGUGUGAACGAGGGCUAUGCGAGACUGCGAGACCACCUACCGGGGCCCCUGUCAGAGAAACGCCUGAGCAAAGUGGAGACCUUGCGAGCAGCUAUUCGGUACAUCAAAUACCUGCAGGACUUACUGAGCCAGAGCGCAGCCAGGUCCCCGCCUGGAACACAGCAGAGCCGGCCCAGCAGCAGUGAGGGGCCCCAGCAGGACUGCAACAGUGACGGCGAAUCCAAAACCUCCUCCCCUUACUGCGAGUCUGUGUCCGGCUCUGACAGGAGCUGAGAAAACAGUACAGCAGCCCACACCGUUCCUGGUGACUGCCUAAGCAAACUACAGAGCAUCGACACUGUCCCCAGUGACUGCCUGAGCAAACAGCCCCUCCGAUUUCUGGAUCUGUCACUCUGCACAUGGCAGAACCUUCUGUAAAGACAAAGUGGCUCUGAAGGUAUGACGCUGGUGCCUUUUUAAGUGGACUGGCCGCGUCUGCAAACU